CGCCACACAGCCGGUCUGCUCAGGAGUUGAUACUGAAGCUGUCCUCUGAGCGGCUUCACCUUCAACCAUUUUAACCAUGCUGGCUACCAUAGGACGAUGCAGUAACGGGCUUUUUCAGGCUUUGAAGCCCGGUGCCAACUCAUUGAAGACAUUCGGUGGUAGAAAUGUGAACCUAAAUUUGGGCAGGGGGUACGCAAGCCCUGCUGCUCAGGCAGCUCUUGGCAAUGGACGCAUCACAGCUGUGAUCGGUGCUGUCGUGGAUGUCCAGUUUGACGAAGGCCUCCCCCCCAUUCUCAAUGCGCUGGAAGUGACAGGUCGUGACAGUAGACUGGUGCUCGAGGUGGCCCAGCAUCUCGGUGAAAACACAGUCAGGACGAUCGCCAUGGAUGGCACAGAGGGUCUGAUCCGUGGGCAGAAGGUUCUCGACACCGGGGCCCCGAUCAGAAUUCCUGUGGGGCCGGAGACUUUGGGCAGGAUCAUGAAUGUCAUUGGAGAACCCAUUGAUGAACGUGGUCCAAUUAGCACCAAACAGACCGCUCCUAUCCAUGCGGAAGCCCCCGAGUUCACUGACAUGAGUGUGGAGCAGGAGAUCUUGGUCACUGGCAUUAAAGUGGUAGAUCUCCUUGCACCCUACGCCAAGGGUGGAAAAAUUGGUCUGUUUGGUGGCGCCGGCGUGGGUAAGACUGUCUUAAUCAUGGAGUUGAUCAACAACGUGGCCAAGGCUCACGGAGGCUAUUCUGUGUUCGCUGGAGUUGGAGAGCGCACCCGUGAGGGCAACGACUUGUACCAUGAAAUGAUUGAAUCUGGCGUCAUUAACCUGAAGGACACCACCUCAAAGGUUGCACUGGUGUAUGGUCAGAUGAACGAGCCACCAGGUGCUCGUGCCAGAGUCGCUCUUACUGGGCUGACUGUUGCGGAAUAUUUCCGUGAUCAAGAAGGACAGGACGUGCUUCUUUUUAUUGACAACAUCUUCAGGUUCACCCAGGCUGGAUCAGAGGUGUCUGCUCUGUUGGGUCGAAUCCCUUCUGCUGUGGGAUACCAGCCAACCUUGGCCACUGAUAUGGGUACCAUGCAGGAACGAAUUACUACCACCAAGAAAGGUUCCAUCACCUCAGUACAAGCCAUUUAUGUGCCCGCUGACGACUUGACUGAUCCCGCUCCCGCCACAACCUUUGCUCACUUGGACGCCACCACCGUGCUGUCCCGAGCCAUUGCUGAGCUGGGCAUCUACCCCGCCGUGGACCCCCUGGAUUCAACCUCCCGCAUCAUGGACCCCAACAUUGUGGGGUCUGAGCACUACGACAUCGCUCGAGGCGUACAAAAGAUUCUUCAGGACUACAAGUCAUUACAAGAUAUCAUCGCUAUUCUGGGUAUGGAUGAACUGUCUGAGGAAGACAAGCUGACUGUAGCUCGUGCUCGCAAGAUCCAGCGUUUCCUGUCCCAGCCUUUCCAGGUGGCUGAAGUCUUCACUGGCCACAUGGGGAAGCUGGUGCCUCUCAAGGAAACAAUUAAAGGAUUCCAGAGCAUUCUAGCAGGUGACUACGAUGCCUUGCCUGAACAGGCUUUCUAUAUGGUCGGUCCCAUUGAAGAAGUGGUCCAAAAGGCAGAGAAACUGGCAGAGGAACACUCUUAAAUGAUAAUGUAUGGAAGGCUCUCUGAUUUGUACAGUAUAAUUUCUAUUUGAGGAACUUCUGAUGUGUCAUGCUAAAUAUGUUGUGCUUUGCUUGUAAUGAUCUGGAAAUCUUACAAUGAGAUUAAAGAUGACAUUGUGAUACAGUAAUGCUCAUACUGU